AUCAUCAUGCAUUCAUUUCGUUGUCGUACUGGUCUCGUGGAAGUUGCGAACAUCUACACUUCCUUAAGUACUUGCUGUACAUGAAUCGAAUAGCAACUCGUAACACUGUUUCAUUUAAAGCUGAAUUCGAGAAUCUUUUUUUGGUUUUUUAAUCGUCUCAAUGAAGCGAAUAUCGAUACGCUGUAUUUCAAUAAUAAUACCUAUCCUUCUCAUAUUGCAUCUUUGUCAAGCAGAAGAAUGUGUUCGCAAAAACAAAAAUAAGCACAGAAAAUAUGGGAAGCUCUGCAACACGCACUUUGAUUGUUCCAAUGCGAGAGAGCUUGUUAAUGCUGAACAAACCAUGCCAUGUGCUUAUCGAGAUGAAAUUUUGCUCAAAUAUUUCGAAAUAUGCUGCAAUUUGACAAAUAUUAUUCUGACAACUCCUAAUCCAUCUCCACCAUCUCAGGCAAUUUGUGGACCAUUUGGUAAUACAUCAACUACUCCGAGACCAGUGCCAAGUUCCAAGAAUUCCACCGCAAUACAAAUAGCUUUACAAAAAUGCCAAGAGUAUGGAGAACAUCGAUAUGUGAACAAAUGGACAGACCCCCAACUGCCAGGCCAAAAAGGAUACUAUUACAAACACCUUAGCGACUGCUUAGAUACUGCAGCGUUGCCUCAAAAAACGCCAGGAAAAACUCGAGACUAUCAUCAUAUGGCUCUGAUUGGAUACGGAAGAGAAUUCAACAACGUUUCAUGGGAUUGCGACGGAGCUUUAAUAAGCGAAAAAUUUGUCAUGACUUCAGGGCGUUGUAGUCAAACAUCAGCAUCGGGUCCGCCACAAUGGGUUUUACUGAGAGAAGUGGUCUUGUAUCCACAAGACGGGUACACACCACCCAAAUCAAAAGUUUAUAGCAUUGUCAAAAUCCAUGUCCACUCGGAUUACCUGCAGUCAUCAUCGUUUCAGCACGAUAUUUCGCUUAUUGAGUUGAACGCCACAGUCACAUUCAACCCUUAUUUGAGGCCAGCUUGUCUGCAUGCAUCGACUUCUGAUAUACCCAUCAACAGUUUUGCGACCAUUACUGGCUGGGAAAGAACGGGCAGAGCCGAAAGAACCAGCGACAAUUUACUGGAAGCAGCUAUAAAAAUAAUAGAUCAUCAAGAAUGCCAAAUAUCGUUUAAUGAAAAUAGCACAGAGAUGGCACGCCUUUAUGAUUCAAAUGCUAUGAUUUGUGGCCGAGAUGCACACGCAGGACCGCACUGGAAUUGUCGAUCAUUUGAGGAGAGCCACAUCAAGGCUGACUCCGGAGGUGUGCUACAAAUCUUGUCGCCAGGUGAACUUUGUAAGUGGAAUAUAAUAGGAAUCGCUUCUUUUGGUACUGGAAUUUGUCAACAUAACGGAUAUCCGGGAGUUUACACCAAAGUAUCGCACUACGUAGAUUGGAUCCAGAGUAUAGUUUGGCCUUGAUAAUGACAAGUGAUACUGGUUGUUUUGAGUGGUGUUGUGUUAAGAUUAGAAUUUAAAAUUUUCAUAAUAUGCACUGAUGUAUAUAUAAUUAUGUAGAUGUAAGUAUGUUGUAUAAGAAAUAGGAGUGUACAGAGAAUGAGCUAGUUGGAUGAGUUAAGAGUUUGAGGAAUAGGUUUUGAGGUGUGUGAAAAUGAAUAAGUAAGACACUCAAACAUGACGUUUUUAUAUCGUUUAUAAUAUUAGUCGGUAUCAAGCUAGACAGUAAGUUUGUACUGAGACAGUAAACAGUUGAAUAGUGUACAUAUUGGUGAAUACAUCAUUUUGAUAAAA